UGCAGUAAAACACAAUAAUAAACACAACCCUGGACGUUGUUCAUACGCGCCUCUGUGACGCAACACGCCUUCAUCCGGGUUCUCUGUGACGUGCUCACUUUCCAACAUGGCGGCGUCAGCUAAGAAGACUAAGAAGAAGGGGAAGACUUUAACUCUAACGGACUUCCUGGCGGAGGACAGCAGCGGUUCAGCACCGCAGGCGUAUCCCGCUGUGAAGCCCACGAGCUGGGCGGACGAGACCGAAGACCUCGAUGGAGAAGUGUCCACUUCCUGGCACACCGCAGAAGAUUCGUAUCGUGCCCCGCCCAUCGAUCGUUCCAUCCUACCUACGGCUCCUCGUGCGGCCCGGGAGCCCAACGUGGACCGCUCCCGUCUGCCCCGCAGCCCACCUUACACCGCCUUCCUCGGAAAUCUGCCCUACGAUGUCAGCGAAGAGUCCAUCAAACAGUUCUUCAGAGGACUUGCGAUCAGUGCUGUGAGGUUGCCACGUGAACCUAGUAACCCUGAGAGACUGAAGGGCUUUGGAUAUGCUGAGUUUGAUGAUGUGGAGUCACUGCUCAGUGCACUCACUCUCAAUGAGGAGAACCUGGGGAACAGAAGGAUUCGGGUCGAUAUUGCAGAUCAGUCUAAUGACAAAGAGCGAGACGGGGGAAUGAUGUCGGGCCGUGACCGAGACCGUGGGCGUGGCAUCGACAGCGGGCCUGAUAAGACGGAUUCUGAUUGGAGGGCUCGUCCCAGUGGAGACCAGGAUGAAGGAUUUGGAGAGAAGUCACGUGAUCGGUUCGAGUCACGGCGUGACGAUCGCUUUGGCGGCCGUGAUCGCUUUGACGACCGAGACCGCAGGGAUCGCUAUGACGAUCGGGAGCGCUAUGAUGACCGAGGAGGCCGGGACUAUGAACGUGGAGGGUAUGACUCCCGUAGUGGAGGAGGAGGACGGCGAGCGUUCGGCAGCGGCUACAGGCGCGAUUUUGAUGACCGACGAGAUGGAGAUCGAUACGGAGAGGACCGCUAUGAAAGACGGGAUGAAAGGCGGGAUGAAAGACGGGAGGAGAGAGCUCCUCUUCAGAGACCCAAACUGAACCUGAAACCCCGCAGCGUUCCGAAAGAGGAGGAGCCGAGUGGUGGUGGUUUGUCCCCUCAGACCAACCCGAGCCGCUCCGCCUCCAUAUUCGGUGCCGCCAAACCCGUGGAUACAGCGGCCAAGGAGAGGGAAGUGGAGGAGCGUCUGAAGAAAGAGCAGGACCGAAUGCAUAGACAGCUGGAUGAGGACAAAUCCAGACCUCCAGAGAGAAGACCUCGAGACCGGGACCCGAGCUGGCGCAGUGAGGCCACGCCCACCAACCAAGAACACACAACCAGUGAAUCCACAUACCAAGGAGGUUCCAAGUAUCCCGAAAGUGAGCAUUCAGAAAACGAAGUGGAUGAACCUACCUCUCCCAGGUCCCGCCAACCGACCUCCCCCAAUCAGGGAGCCCUGCCGCUGAAGGUGAUGCCGGCCCCGCCCCCAAAGGAGAACGCCUGGGCGAAAAGGAGUGGAGGGGGCGGAGCUAACCCCGCACCUUCAUCCACAACUGGCAGCACAGAUGGCAGCUCUGUAAAUUCAGAUGAGCACUUCUCUGGUAAAGAUGAGAAUCAGGUGGACGGUGUUGGACGGGAAAAGGGCGUGUCUCAGGGGGGAGGGGCACUGAGAGGAGGAGGAAGGGGUCGAGGAGGAGACUGUCCUAAAGACAGACAACAAGAAUCAAUAGAAAAGAAAGAAAGCAAGCGAGAUCGAGAACCCAAACCUGCACCUGAGCCAAAGAAGUACGAGGAACCUACAGCUCCGAAAUUCAGCUUGGCCAGUAAAUAUUCUGCUCUGCUGAUGGACGGUGAACAGCCUGAGGAUGAAGAAGCUGAAGAUUAAACAAGAAGGAGGAAAAGAAGAGUGUAUACAUACAUACAUACACACACACACACACACACACAAUAUUGAAUUGGAAACGAAACAACAUCAAAUACUUGCUGAGACUUUUGGUUCUGGUGUCUGCAGUGAAGGUGGUGAGGAGAACCAUCACGUGGCUUCUCACAGCUGUUCUUUAAUGUUUAUUGAAAUUUUCUAAAAAUAAUAAUAAUAAUCCACAAUCGGACUAGUUUUAAUUAGCAACAGUGAAGAACAGCUCGGAAACGUGUAGACGCUCAUACGUGUGUUUAGGAAUUUAAAAAUGAGAUUUGCAGGUUGUUAUAAAUAAAUUUGAAAAGUAUGUAAAGAAA